CCACUCUCCAUUCCUCAUACGUCUAGGCGGGGCUUCUUGAACCGACACUAAACUCUUUCUUUUCACUUCUUUGGUGCAACUCUUAUCCUUCCCCCUUCUUCCUCCCGUUCGUCUGUAAAACGUCUGCCGCCUCUUUUUUUUUUUUUUUUUUUCUUCAGACAAACGACCCUUGCAUUUCCUCCCCUCCCUGUCGACAACAGCAGGCCCGUAUUAUCGUCCCGCCUUGCCUCCUUGGUGCUAUCGUGUGCAUAUAGGCGGAAUCUGCUGGGCCUGGCUACAUGAACUAGGGCGUUGUUCUGCAUCGCCGUUGCCGCCCUUCCUCGAAUUGGUCCUGUGUUUGAACUGUCUGUCUGCUGGUUGUGCUCUCUGGGCGCGACCCCUGGGACAGAGUGAUUUGCGGGCAUGGCAGUUUCAACAUCAGUAUAGCCAAUUUCAAGCCGCUUAUUGCGUGUUUGGCCUCCCAACAGCACAUUCGCUGUUCCUGCCAGAUCCAGGCUUCACACUCACACAAUCGGUUAAAAUAUGGGGAAUACCCAGUCGCAAGAGUCUAGCCAUGGGCCCGACUACGAGAGAAAGGCCCCCGCGAAGCUGGUCAAGCAGCGAUACGAUGCAAACGCCGACGAAAUGCGCUUCUUUUCCUCAUCUUCCACCCCCGGUCUCAUAUUGGCGGGUGGCCACCCAGCUCGUCGCUACACCAUGCCGGCAGGACAGUCGCCGUCUGUAGCCUCGUUCGACCACUCAGUGCCGCUUCCCACGCGCCAAAACAGCAGCACAGCGCUUAAUCUACUCUCCGCCGGCCGCGAGCCAUUGUCCGAUGCUGGCAGUAGACUAGACUCGACGGCCGAGGAGAAGCAGAGAAAGGACCGAAACCGACGGAGCAUCUUCAGAUCAAAAUCGUCGUCAGCCGAGACGACCCGACGCGCGAAGCCAGAGAGACGAAACACCAUCAUAGCUACUUCGACCCCACCAUUACCACCCAUUGAGGGCCAGGGUGUGGCUUUGCCUCCGAAUCGCAUGUCCAUGUUUGCUGGGCCAAGCGACUCGCCAUAUCUCGACGAAGCCGCCCCCGGAAACUGGCAUAUCAACGACAAUCGAACUUCAUGGCAUUAUGAUCUGAAGACUUACGACGCAAAACGGCUUCUUAACCUCGUCCAGGACAACGCAGAUGCGUCCAGACAGGAAGAGGGCUCGGUAGGUGUUUCAGCGGCCGUAUCCGAACAGCGGUUUUCGGUCGUCUCCGAGACGACGUGGAAAAGUUCACAUCCUGCACAGCCAGCUGAGAACGCCUCUCUUCCUCGAGUCAACUCCGACCUCUCGAUGUACACCCCGGUUAGGCGCCGCUCAGUUAUCCAGACUCCAGGUGUUGCAACAAGGCAUAACAGCAGCAGGCCACCAUCAGUGAAUCACCGCUUCAGCCACCCUCCUACCCCGAGCAACCUCUCGCGCCAGCCGUCGUUAGAAUUUGAAGGCCGUGUAAAAUCGAUGCCGCCACCUCCAAUGCCAAUGCCGGAAGUGCCUCCAAUGCCCCGACUCCGUGACCCCGAUGAGCCUUUGGGGCUUGUUACACCUUGCGAAGGCGACUAUCAAACCAUUGGAGCUUUCAAGUUGGGAACUUUGAGGAUCACAAACGGAUGCGCCAGCCCCGUUCCAAGCCCAGAGCCGGACGAGAAACACAUGAUAAACCCGCCAGCCCCGUCUUCACCGCAGCUGCCAAACAACUCAAGCUACUUCACGCAGAAGCUCUCUGCAGCGGAAGCAUUUGGCGAUCCGGAGGCAGAUGCUGUGGGAGGCAUGGACGGGAUUAUACCAGGUUCAAGGUCUACACAGGUUGCUAAAAUGACUGCUCGAUCCAGCAUAGAUUUUAUCGAAUCGACUGCGGAGCUCCCCGAAACAGUGGCCGAGAAUCCGCUCUUUGAUUCUAACGCACUAGUACUCGGUUCCUCCCCGGCUAGCCCCUGGUUACAGACAACAUCGAGAACCAAUGCGGUAGAGGACAAUCUGUUUGAAGACGAUGUGCAACCUGAGUACUCGAUGGUAGAGAAGCUCGACUUGCGCUUGGAUCCAAGUGCAAAACGCGACUUGAAGAGCGACAACCCGACCCAAGCAAGAGGAAUCUCACGGUCAGACAGUGGAUUCGUGUCAAGCCCGAAUUCAGACUAUCCCGCCCCUCAGAAGGCACUCAGCAAGACGGACUCGGGUUACAGCUCCAACAUUUCCCUGCGUUCUCUGCGAGAUGGGCCUUCGAAGGGCAACGCUGAGGGUGACCGCUCGUGGACAGUGGCCUUGAGGAGGAUGUCAUCCGCCGGUUCAGCUCUCGAGGCUCCCGUCCCAGAGUUGAAAUUGGAUGGCUCUCUGGAAAUCUCCAACCCAGAAACAGUUGCUGAGCCUUUAAGAUCUCCACCGCCGCCGACCCCGCCUCCUAAAGAUUUCCCCGUGGCUGCUCUAGGUAGAAGAAGCUCUUUGAAACCGGGUCAAGCGGUGACUAGUCAACAGACCGGAAAUGCUGCGAGCAAACUAGACGCCCGCGAUGCUAAGCAGGACACCAUUUCUCCGUCUAGCAGUUCACGUACCUGGCAGGUAGUUCCAGAAUCCCCAAGCUCGCCACACAGCGCAACUUCUGAGCACUCUGGCUCCGCUCUGAGUAUCGGCAGUAGCCCGGUCAAGCCGGGCCGAUUACAGAGGUUUCUCAGCAUCGGAAGCUCGGGUCGGUCUAAAUCGCUAACAACACACGCCACACAUGUUGCCGAAGAGACCGACAUUCCACCUGUUCCAAAACAGAUGCGAAGGAACUUGCGUACACACUCUGGGCUUUUUCCGAUGACAACAAAGAGGCUGGCAGUUAGGCCACAGAGGAGUAGGGAUACCCUCAAAACCAUCAUCAGCGUGGGAAGCCUGGAGAUGCACGCCGGCGCCAAAGAUGCUCUUCCGUACAUGCCGUCAGCAAACUCUGCCAGCUCCAGUACUGUGGACCACAGGCAUACGUUUGCGCCAUCAUCUCUCGGCCAGGUUACCUUUGCCGAAUCCGAGGCGGCUGUAGAGGCAGACUUGGUAGCACCAAAGCCUACGCGAACCCCCAGCAUUCCAAGGAAACCUGUUGCUAGCCGGGGCGAGAGUGUAAAGAGGAUACUGAGUGCCCAGUUCUACAAGAAAGAGCCCGAGGCCACCACAGACGUUCCUCCUGCGUCCGACCCCGAGCCUGUCGCCUAUGCUGCCAACAACAGCAAUCUGAGCAACAAUAAAUAUGGAACAGAAGCCAGGGCAAUUACCGAAGAGGGUAGACUGCAGGGCUUGUUCCCCUCACCAACUGGCAGGGCAAAAAGCUUGACAUCGCAGGUUGAGCGCAGCUGGAGCAUCAAAAAUUGGGCGUCACCUUCUCCUACUCUCUCAAGCUUUGGGCCACAGGAUUCUUCUAUGCCACAGUCACCCGCAUCGAUCCCGAGCCCUUUAAUCCCGGAAAUCAUGCGCAAGAAGAAGACCAGCACUCCUCCCCCAGUCAGCAUGAGGACGCGAAACCAGCCAACUGCGCGAGCAUCACAGCCGCUGCGGGCAAUGUCUACGCCGCCUGCUGACGCACAGUCUGAUAUGCUUGCAAGUCCGUCUCGACGCGCCAUAAGUCACGAGCUUCUUAGGCAGUCACCCUCAUCCUACGGCCGCGAGAGGCCCCAGCAGCAGUUCUUGGGUGGUCUUGACCCUUUACAGUUUCCUUCAAACGCAGCACCUACCAGUCAGCCCCAGUUUAUGCCUCCCGAUUGGCCUAUCAGAAGUGAACAUACCAGCUUCAACAAGCGACAUACAGCGAUAGGUCAAGUGAACAGCACUGGAUUGUUCAUUGCGGAGCUACCUGCGGAUGACAUAACCCAGAGGCCUUCCGCAUCUGGGGCGGGAGCAUACCCUAGGCCUAAAUCUGCGCACCGUGCCGGCCCAGACCGUCGUUUCAGCCAUGACUUUGCCUCCCAGAACUCAGUGCGACCUCCUCCUGCCCACGCAAACCAGCAACGAGGAAUUCUUAAGCAGCAGUCGUCUCCAAACUUCGAUCCCAAGUGGAGCCGCGGUCCAUCGCAGCAGUUCCAACAACACUGGGAUCAGCAAGAACAGCAACUUGGUGGGCGCUAUCACCCAUACGUUCCUCGCGGUCACGGUCGAAAUAGGAGUAUGACUUUGGCAGCACCUGCUAGUGGCCAGCCUGGCCAGGGGGUCCCGUACCGCAUCCUUCACAGCUACAAUUCUCCUGCUUAUCGGAAUGCGCCCAUCUGGGGUUAAAUAGCGAGCGAGAAACAAGAUUUCUUGGUCGCAAAGCAUUGCCCAUCAACACCUACGGUAUGCGUCAGGUUGGCUGGCGCUAUAUCUCUCUUUUUUUCAGUACGGAAUUAAGGCGAGCAGACACAAAUGUUUGGCUCGCCUCUUCAUCAUCACUGGGCCAUGGGUCAUCUCUAGGAACCAUGAGUCCCCUUUUCUUCUCUUUUUUGUCGACGAAAAAGCAGUCAUAUCAUGGCGUUGAUCAUUUCUAAUUCCAUCGUCCAAGGACGAUUACGGCCGCCGCAUACAUCUACCGCACAUAUACCCAUGGCAUUUCGGCCUUGUACUUUUACUCAGCGUAUACACAACAAUUUCAUGAAGAAUUGUUCGUCAUUGGCUUAUUGUUUUGUUUUGUCUGUUUUUGUUCUAUGCUUGAAUGGCGUUCCUUUUCUUCUCUCUUUUGCGACGAUUUUCCUUGUUUAUUUGGGAAUAUGGGUAAAUAAAGCCCCAUGCUAUUUUCAUUAUUUGAAGCUUUUAACGUUGGUCUUAGAGAGUUCAAAGCUAUCACUUGGCAAAAAUUGGGACUCAUCACCAAGCCAUCUACACUGGAUUUGUCUACCUUCGUACUGGGAAUUUUUGCUUUACUUUUUUUUUAUCCUCUGCAAAACACGGCGGGGGUGAGGCGUUCUGUCACAGCGGAAGACAUCAGACUGAUACCACAUGUUGAAAGGGACGCCAAGGUGUAUUGUGGAGAUCACCACCAGAGAGGCUUGAUUGGUAGUUUGGUCGCAAGUCGGCCCGUGUAUUACUAUGAUGAAUCCAAUGGACCAUGAAACCCUCAAUUUUGCAUUAUAGACCGCCCGAGACGUCUGAUGAAAAUGCC